AGUCACAUUGUUCUGGUUUUCAUUUGGGUUUACGACGACAAGGCGGAGCUAAUCCCGUGACGUCACGCAUCUCACAUCCAUGACGUCAGCAGCCUAUAAGCUCCUCCCACCGCCCCGUAGACGAUGGAGUAUAGUAAACCUCAGCCCACCGCAUCGUGAUGAUGUCAUGAUGUCAUCAACAAGCCCCGCCCACCUGACUGGUCAACGGCACGACGCAGGUGAACGAAAUCCAUGGGAAAACGUGCCAGUGGUUGUAAACUGUGACGUACGCGACAGACGCCAGCAGAUGAUAAAGGGUUGUAUGGCUACUCCUCAACAGGCACUUCCCAUCCUGCUCUCUCACUGCACGUACCUCGAAACUCCGACGUUCUUCAAAUGUCUUCCGAUAUGGAUCUCGCCUCCGAAAAGAUUUUCAACAUAGACGCUAGCAACGGCAACCUCUUCAACAGUAACAUCACAGUUCCUUAUGGAUCCUUGGAAGUGGCCAACUACUCGCUCACGCUCCUGGCCAUCGGUGUCCUCAUAGGGGCCCUGAUCUCCUUGCUGCUGGAAAUGGCCCGAAAUGGCCCGUCAGGCAUCGCCGACGCUAUUGUCAGAGGCGUGGAUGCUGUGAGACUCGACGGAAUGUUUAACAGCAUCGGUUCCGCUGUUGAGAAUGGAGUGAACAGCAUCCCGAUCAAGAGGACUGGACCUGUUCACGCAGUCCCAGCUGGCACCAGACGCCGACGCCGUUGAACAGAGUUCGUGACACCUAUUCCUUGACGUGACGUGGAUCGCUCUGAAAAUAACCUGACCUGACCUGACCUAUGACGACACAACGACCUCCCUGACGACUUCUGUGACAUCGACCUUGCCGACGACUCUCCUACAUAAGACGAAGAAUCCGACGAUGACCUUAAGGACGAGAAGUGUGGAAAAACGACCUUUGAGACGGCAGACGGAAAUUGGAUUAUUUUUUAGUGGUAACUUUCAUACUUUAAUAACUUAUAAUACA